AUGCUCUCGCGGCGCGAUCUAGCCACGCCAUGGCAGCGGCUCCGCUCGCGCGUGUUCCGCGUGCAGGAGGUCAGCACGCUCUUCGCCAGCUCAGAUGCUGCUGGAGUUGACACGUGGCACUCGCCGCGAUCCCCGCAUCGCAGGUCGACGGUUAAGGACAGGGACGGUAGGUCUGGGGAAGCGGAGAUCGUGGAGGCGGCGGAAUGGGGUGGCGGGGGAGGCGGAGAAGCGACGCUGAAGCGGUCGCUGGGAUGGGCGGACACGAUCUCGCUGGGGGUCGCCAGCAUCAUUGGCGCGGGUCCGUGCAUCACCGUACAGCACCGCGUGUUUGUCAUCACAGGGGUGGCGGCUCGAGACCAUGCCGGCCCCUCUGUCAUCCUCUCCUACCUCCUCUCUGCCACGUCAGCACUCCUCUCCGCCCUCUGCUACACCGAGUUUGCCGUCCACCUGCCCGUAGCGGGCGGCGCCUUCUCCUACCUCAUGGUCACGCUAGGCGAGCUCCCAGCCUUUAUCACUGUAGCGAAUCUCCUCAUGGAGUAUAUUCUCUCCAACGCCGCUGCUGCCCGCGGCCUCUCCGCCUACUUCGCAGGGUUCCUCGGGCAGGACCCGGAAUUCUUCCGGGUGCCCGUGCCAGCAUGGAGAAUCACCCUGGAUUUCGUUGCGCUGGGGCUCAUUCUGUCUCUGUCCGUGCUGGUAGCAUACGGCACCCAGGAAUCGUCCUACUUCAACUUCCUUGCUUCCGGUCUCAGCAUGCUCGCCAUUGUCAUCAUCAUCGUUGCUGGCUUCACAGCAGGCAGCCUGGAAAACAUCACUGCCUCCUUUGCUCCGUUCGGCAUGCAAGGCAUGCUGGAUGCAGCAGCGCUUGUCUACUUCUGUUUUAUCGGCUUCGAUGCGGUUACCACACUCGCAGAAGAAGUCGCGAAUCCGGCCGUUGAUCUUCCAAUAGGGAUUGUGGGAUCGGUGGCUGUGGUGGCUCUGAUAUACGGCUUCAUGGCGCUCUCCCUCUGCCUCCUCGUGCCCUACACUCAGAUCGACGCCGACUCUCCUUUCUCCUCUGCAUUGCGCCACCUGGCGGGGUGGGGUUGGGCGGCGGGGGUGGUGGCAGCAGGAGCGCUGCUAGCCAUAGUGACUGCGGUGCUGGUGGGGCUGAUGGGUCAGGCUCGGAUCGUGCUGGUGGUGGCUCGGGCCGAGCUUCUGCCGAAGCAGUUUGCGUCGGUGUCACCUGUGACGCGCACGCCUCUCUUUGCCACGGCUGUUCUUGGUGUGGCGACAGGUGUGAUCGCGCUACUGGUGGAUUUAGAGACGCUAGCGACCAUGGUGUCCAUCGGCACGCUGCUCAUCUUCCUCAUGGUCGCCCUCGCCCUCCUCCUGCACCGCUACCACCCCCGCGUCACCCUGCCCCCACCCCUCGCUCCCAUUCCUGCCGCUGCCUCUGCUGCUGACAGCGCUGCUGCACACACAGCAGCUUCAGAACGAGCAAGAGUGGGGAUAGGCACAGCAGAACCGACAGCAGCAGCAGCGGCAGCAGGAGAUGAUGGAGUGCCUUUGAUGACAAAGGAAUUUUACUCAAGGACCCAUGAGACCAACUCGCCUGCUGUGCUCUCCCCGCGGAAACACCACCUGCAAGCUGCACGGCAGCAGAACGAGAAUGGGCAACCCACUGAAGGAAAGCCGAAGGGGUGGCAAAGGCAGAAGCAGGGCGGUGGGGAGGGCAUGGGGGUGGUGCUGAUGCAUCUGGGUGUGAUGAUGGCGGGGGCAGCAGGCGUGGCAGUGGCAUUUAGAGUGCUCCCCGGCCACACUGCACCCACGCUGCUCUCCGCCGCCCUCUGGGCUGCUGCCACUGCCUCCCUUGCCGUACGUCCUUGCUCUUCCUCUGAUCUCAGUCCCUCUGCUGUUCUGCACCACCCGUGGCGCAGCUACUUCUCAACCACAGCACGGUCAGCAACACGUGCUGUGCACCCAGAGAGGAGCAAACACUAUAGCCCUUUUGUCUCAUCCCCUCUCCCUUGCCCGUUCACCUCGUCCUCCUUCCUCCCUUUCCGCUCCCUCUCCGCCUCCCCCAUCUCUCGCCAUUCCCCCAUAAUUCUCCCCUCCCUUUCCCCACAUCCCCCCUACAUUUCCCCCCGCCCGGCCAUCCCCCCCCAGUGCUGCAAGGAAGCGGAGGCCACGCGGGUGUUCUCAGUGCCGCUGUGCCCGUGGCUCCCUUCCGCCUCCAUCCUCGUCAACACGGUGCUCCUUGCCUCUCUCGACACCUCCGCCUUCAUCCGCUUUAUAAUCUGGUCAACUAUAGUCACAAUUGGGUAUGUGCUAAUGGUGCUGCUAUGCCGUGAGCGUAAAGAAGAGUUUGGGGGGAUUAAAGGAGAGCAUGGGGUUAGGCUGCCCACAUCGCCUAUGGCAGAGAGCAAUGCAGCUGAAGCUGCACACGUGGAUGGUUAUGUCGACGGUUCAGAUGGCACAGGGGAUGUAGAGUUGACGCCUCUGAUUACCCAUGCGCAAACAUGA